GCGAUGGGCGGGGCUUAGUCUGCGACGUGGCGCCUGGACCACGCCCACCCCUCUGAGGGCUGCGGCCGGGCCGAGUGCAUCCCGCCCGUACCCCGCUCCUGCGGGAAAAUCCGGCUGUGUCUGGGACGGGUCGGGCUCUCGGGGAUAUCCAGUCUUGCACAGCUUCACUGACGUCACGCUCGGGCUCCGAACUGCCGCCCCAGUGUGCUGGUUUUGCCUGGGGCGGAGUUAUUUUUCUUCGCAGUGGCUGGCGGGCGUGGAGGACAGCGCAAUGGCGGUCACGGUAAAAGAAUGCCUGGAGCUCCAGCUACUGGAAGUGGAAAUGCUCCUUUCGAUGUUUCCCAAAAGAGGUGAAAUCAAUCUGGAUAAAGAUGCUGUGCCCAGCGUCCAGCGCUACCUUAAAAACUCUGGUGGAGCUCUGCCCCCGCAGCUCGAAUAUUGCAUCGCUCUUGAGGUAGGGGAGGCGAAGGUAAAGGUGGAAUUGCAGGUACACCUUCCUCAUAUGUAUCCUCAGGUAGCUCCUCAGCUUUUUGCCAGAUCAGAUGCACUGCACAGGCAGCAACAGUUGCAGCUCAACACCCAUCUCACUUCUCACAUCAGCUCUCUGGAUUCAGGUGAUCUGUGUAUAUGUGAAGCUGUGCAGUGGGUGAAGGACAACAGCCUGCCUUACUUGGAAAACAGUAAAAUCUCUUCUGAAUGUGCUUCAAAAGAAGUCAGAGUUAAAGAAUUUUUGCAUCGCAUGUGGAUCUACAGCCACCAAUACAGGCAGGAAUUGAGAAAAAAGAUUUUUGACUCUGCAAAGAAGUUAAAUCUGACUGGCUUCUGCCUAACUGGGAAACCUGGUGUCAUCUGUGUGGAGGGGCUCCAAGAAAACUGUGAAGAGUUCUGGCGUGUUAUUAGAUAUCCCAACUGGAAGCAUAUUUCAUGCAAGCACGUGGACAUCAUAGAAACAGAGGGAAACAUUGAUGAUAUUCGUCUCUUUCAUGGUUUUGAAGACCUGCAGUUUCAGGCACAUGGUGGUUACGGCCUGAGGAAUGACUAUCACAUGGAUCUUGGCCAGUUCCUAGAAUUCCUGAAACAGCAUCAAAGUGGACACAUUUUUCAGAUUUUAUUUGGUGUUGACGGCAAACUUUCAGACAAAUAAGAGAAACUGUGUAAGGGGUUCUAAUUUUGGAGAGCAACCACUGAAAUACUGGGCCUUACAGCUACUGUGAAAAGGCAAACUUUAAACACUUGAACCAUUCUUCUCGGAUAUUAAUCUUAGCUUCUGUUCUGAAUUGCCACAUAUUUUUGAGAAGUGUUCACUGAUUUUCUAGGACCCUAGAAUUGGCAUUUGUGACUACGAGCCAGGCCUCAAAGUGCCUGCAAGGUGAUAAACACCCCACGCUAUAGUAUCCUGAAUUACACACUGCUGUCUCCUCAUCUCUACUGUGUUGUGUGUUCUAAGGUGUGGUGCAGGCCUGUAGUUAACUUCUACAUAUAGCUGUGGGAUACCAAAGUGGCUGCACUCACAGAUGAACGUGGCUUCCAAUGCGAAAGCACACCCAGCUCAAGGAAGACUCACUGCUACAUUAAUGAGUUUGUGCGUCCAGUGUCCCACUGCUUCGCAGAGCAUCCACUUCUCACUUCAUUCAAACAAUCCAUUAAAUGCAAAGGCUUGUGUCCAA